CUUUCGGAAAACCUUUCAUCGGUCGGAAAGGUUAAACAAACCUCAAAAAUCUCUGCCAGCUGCCAAGGGUCUAUUUCGAUAAAAUAGCAUAAUUAUCCCUUUCGCCGAAAGCGAAGUGCAACAAAAACUACCGUUUGGCAAAGCAGCAGAAAAGCGUGCGCAAAAAAAAGGGCGAAAAAGCGAGAGAGAGAGAGAGAGAGAGAGAGAGCGAGAGACAGCGAGAAAGAGCGAACACAAAAACACCUUCUUGAGCGCACCAGAAAGCCCGGUUCGAAAGGGGUUUUAUCAAACGGAAACCAUCAGCGUUCGGCGAUUUCGGGCAUCGAUUAAACAACAGCCACCACGACCACAAUGUCCUGGAGAUACGCGUAUCUGACACACUACCGCAACAACGACAAAAUGGCGGAACAGACGACCGGCAGGCAGCUGCAGCGGAUCCUGCACUAUUCCGUCACACCGUGCCGACCGAUGCUUGGCCUUCGACGAUCCGAAUGUGCAUUAUACGACGUUGACUGUGAUGAAGUUUACCCCCGGCUGUACAUCGGCGAUGCCAAUUCAGCCAAAAACAAACAGUAUUUGCGCCUGAUCGGUGUGACGCACGUCCUCAACACGGCGGAAGGAACUCGCUUUGGGCAGGUAGAUACGGGCCACAGUUACUAUCGGGACAUGUCCGGUAUCAGGUACAUGGGCUUUCCGAUGAUCGACCAGCCGACGACGGACAUCAGCCGGUACUUCUACAUCGCCUCGAAGUUCAUCGAGAACGGCAUCAACAGUGGUGGUAAGGUGUUGGUGCACUGCAUGAUGGGCAUGUCGCGAUCGGCCACGUGUGUGCUGGCGUAUCUGAUGAUCGCCCGCAAGAUGUCGGCCGCGGAGGCGAUCCGUACCGUCAGGAUGCAUCGGGACAUACGGCCGAACGAGGGCUUCCUGCAGCAGUUGGCCGAUCUCGACAACGAGCUGAAGCGCGACCGGCUAUACUAUUGACUCGAGUGUGGCCAGCGCUUCAGAAAGAAAUAAUGCCGAUGAUAGAUGCCGAUUACAUUAACUCGCAAACAUUUACGGCAAACGCGCGUGAACAGGAGGAAGAAAGUGGUUGCGCUGAACAGGAAACAGUAAAAUAUUAAAAAACAAAAAAAAAACAACAGAGAAACAACUGUAACGAAACGCUCCCGGCAUCGUUGUCAACGCGAGCUCUAAUCUCUUAUCAUCAAUCACGCUUUUGAAUGCUCAUCUGCAUAGGGCCACCAUAAAUCAGUCUAGUACAGCACUCACACACUUUCACAUAAACACACAAAAGGAUGGUACGCUCAAGGAACCGCUUCCGAAGGAAAGCCGCCCUAUGAAGAGAGAGAGAGAGUGAGAGAGCGAGAGAGAUGUAGGCCAUUUGUACCUUAAGGACUCUAGAGUAGGUUCUUCUUGUUCGAACGGAAGGCAGCUAGUGGGAAGGGAUUAUUGUGAUUGUGGUUGAAAAAACAAGAGGUUGAAACAGAUGGGAUUAUAUUGUGCGCGGCAUGCCAGCAGCAACCCACCCAAAGAGAUCCAUUCCUGUGUGUCGAAGGGCUUUUUUGAAUGGUACAUCAAGGGCGCGUCAUGGUUUCGAUCACGAUCACGUCCAUGUUCAUCGAGCCGUCUUCACGGUGCACCUUUUACACGAAUGGCGUUAACUUUAGCCGUUACAUGAUCGUUUUAUUGUUUUGUGCGCACAGCACCAUCGCUCACAUCCCAGCAAAUCAACACUUUUCAAUUACACCUUACUGCAACUGUUACCAUUUUACUGUGUAUGCAUCAGCAAAAGUUAUUUAUUUGAAAACUAGUAGAAGAAAAAAAAACAGAUAUACUUUUAUAAACAUAAACGUUAACGAACACAACACUAUGAUUUCAUUUACUUACGGUCAGGAAAUAUGUAGAAAAUGUGUGGUACGUUCAUUUUGAAAGUAAAUCAGGACAAAUCGAAUAAUCAAAUCAAUCAAUGGAAAGCGGAAUAAAACCAACUCGAUCCAGGGAAAUACAAACAUACCAGAACGAACCAGCUGGAACCACAUAGGAAGGUCAUUUAUGAGAGUUCUUUAAUGUGUCUCGAAGCCAAUCGCCACGAGUAAUAGUCAGCAACAAAGGUAGUGCAAGGAUGGAAAGCUAUCAGCAAGAACUUCGAUCAAAUCGUUUCAUUAAGACAUGCUAACAAACUGGCGACGGUUGAAGAGCUUGAACGGUACGGGACGUUACUUUUAUCUUGAACAGAUUCCAUUGAUCAGUGAAACACGAACAGACCCCCAUUUUUUGGAAACAUGUUUAAACUAAUGUCAUACCGGCGUCAGAAAGAAAAACAGGACGUCAAUGAAAGUAUUUCGAACCACAGCUAAUAAGCGAAAAAAAAAGUAACAGUUAUUGCAAGACAGUCGGGUGUACGAUCAGCUGUUGUAGCAGUAGAACCAAUAAUAAACCAAGUAGAAGGAAAAAAACACGUUUUUUGAUAACCGAUAGUAGAGCUAAAUUACUCAACCAAAGCCAUAUAUUAUAGCCGCCGACGGAUGAUGGUUCUAGGGGACAGUCAUGAAUCGAAUCCAAAACAAAGAAAAAAAAACGUUGCCAAGGCAGGGACACAGUUGCAAAGGAUCCCGAUAGCCAACCGCAAAAGGUAGUCACCAGAGGCUAGAUCAGAGCACGGACGAAAUAUUGACAGUUUUAACGCGAACCGUUGCCCAAGCUAGGAAUUUGGAGGAAAAAACGGAGCGAUCGAACAACCUCGGGAGAGCGAGAUAAUCACGCAGAUCGCUAGAUUGUGUUUUGCCAGUUUUGCCGGUACCGAGUACCUGGCAAGUAUUAGAGUGCUAUUUACAGCUGGAAGCUGGACGAAUGGGGUUUUUUUUUUGUUUAGCUGCAUGAGAAAGUGCUAUUAGGAAUGGUUUUAAAUCAUCGAGAUUAUUAGACGAUUGGCGACAGGGCUACACGAAUCGAAACGUAUUUUAGAGAACAUUGAAUUGACGGAAAUUGAGAUGAUCCAAUAAAGGGGAAAAGAAACCAAAAACAAAAAAAAAAACAAACAUACAAUGGCGCUAAACUAACACCUCGCACUGGCUGUCCCAAGCUUAUUACAUCCGAUCCCACGAGCUGGGGCUUUCAAUCCGAUCUGCUUCAUCGAUCACGACGUUACAUCAACAACCCGGAACGUCGUCUGCCGCCGUCUACACAGAAGGGCAAAACAAAAAAUCAGCACGUAAUCGCUGCU